GUCUCUCCAGUCUAUGAAAUCAGUCCAUCUCCCAACACCAAAGAAAAACGAAGAAAAUGAACUCGAUUUUGUUCUUUUUUGCCCUAAUCUGUCUGUUAUUAUCCGUCAACCUCGUAGCUUUUGGUGGUCGGAUUCCGACGACGCUCGAUGGGCCGUUCGAACCGGCAACCAUCCCGUUCGACAACGCGCUCCGCGGCAAUGCAAUCGAUCUGCCAGCGACUGAUCCUCGGGUCGUGAGACGUGUCAAGGGCUUUGAACCGGAGCAGAUCUCAGUUUCUUUGUCUGCGACGCACGAUGCUGUCUGGAUCUCUUGGAUCACAGGUGAGUUCCAAAUUGGGGAAAACAUAAAGCCGUUGAACCCUAAAACUGUAGCGAGCUUUGUUCGGUAUGGAAUGCUAAGAUAUCCGCUGCUUCAUGAAGCUACUGGUUAUUCACUUGUUUACAAUCAGCUUUAUCCAUUUGAAGGCCUACAGAACUACACUUCUGGGAUCAUACACCAUGUUCGUCUGACAGGUCUGAAACCUGACUCACAAUAUUAUUACCGGUGUGGAGAUCCUUCAAUACCCGCCAUGAGCUCGAUCCUUGCUUUCAAGACCAUGCCGUUAUCGGGUCCUCGGAGCUACCCAAAACGAAUUGCUAUGGUUGGAGAUCUAGGUCUUACGUACAACACCACUUCCACAGUUGAACAUAUGAGAAGCAACAAACCUGAUCUGAUUUUGUUGGUUGGCGACGUGACUUAUGCAAACCUGUACCUCACGAAUGGAAGCGGGUCUGAUUGCUAUUCAUGCUCAUUUUCCAAUACCCCCAUACAUGAAACGUACCAACCUCGCUGGGAUUAUUGGGGAAGGUAUAUGCAGCCUUUGGUGUCAGAAGUUCCAAUAAUGGUGGUAGAAGGGAACCAUGAGAUAGAACUACAGAAGGGGAACCGAACUUUUGAUGCUUACAGCUCUAGAUUUGCAUUCCCGUCUGAAGAAAGUGGAUCCUCUUCUACAUUUUACUACUCCUUUAAUGCAGGUGGGAUACAUUUCAUCAUGCUUGGAGCCUACAUUGAUUAUAACAAAACAGGCAACCAAUACAAGUGGCUGGAGAGAGACUUGGCUAAUGUUGACAGAUCAGUGACUCCAUGGUUGGUAGCUACUUGGCACCCACCUUGGUACAGCUCGUACAAAGCCCAUUACAGAGAAGCAGAAUGCAUGCGGGUGGAAAUGGAAGAACUUCUCUACUCUUAUGGUGUCAAUAUCAUCUUCAAUGGGCAUGUUCAUGCCUAUGAAAGAUCAAACCGUGUGUAUAACUAUACAUUGGAUCCCUGCGGUCCUGUCUACAUCACGGUUGGAGAUGGUGGCAAUCGAGAAAAGAUGGCGAUUUCGCAUGCAGACGAUCCAGGCAACUGCCCAGAACCGUCCAGCACACCUGAUAGUUAUAUGGGUGGUUUCUGCGCUUCCAACUUUACGUCGGGCCCAGCAGCAGGUAAGUUCUGCUGGGAUCGCCAACCUGAUUUCAGCGCAUUCAGAGAGAGUAGCUUCGGCCAUGGAAUUUUGGAGAUGAUGAAUGAGACAUAUGCAUUGUGGACAUGGCACAGGAACCAGGACAUGUACAACAGCUCAGGGGACCAGAUUUACAUUGUGAGGCAACCCGACAAGUGCCCCACCCAACCAAAGGUGGUUAACAAACCUAUGAAAUUGCAUUUCUUAAUUUGAUUUUUUUU